AAAAUUUAUAUAUUAUUUUCUUGGUAUUUUUCUGCGCUUCAUUUCAUCAUGAAAAUCGCAGUUAUCCUGCUUGCGGCACUCGUGCUUGCCAUCUCUAACGCUAUCCAUGUGUGCGUGGACGACCACACAGACUACGGGGGUGCAGACAUAAGGAGUUUCAAAUCUCACGGUUUCAACCAUUGCGCCCAAGAGUGCCACAAGGCUGAUGCACAGGGCUGUCGAUCUAUUACUUUCCGAAAACGAGACAACCAGUGCUGGUUGAAAUAUCAACCAUUUGGUGCCGUGUUCAGGAAGAACAAUGAACUGACUAGUGCAAACAUGGACUGCGACUCUUAUUCAACUCUGCCAAGCUGGCCACAAGACUUCAAAUGGAACUCCGCUGGCACACCAAGGGGUUACACCUGCGACAAAAUCUGGGAAAUGAAGGAUCCUCACACGUGGAACGAUAACUUCAUGUGUUGGAGGAACGACAGGGCUGACCCUGGUCUCCGAUGGUCCAUGGCAGGAGCCAUUCCCGGACAGAAAUGUACACAAAUUCAUGAAGGAGCCGAGCCUGCAUCACACACCUGGAAGGAUAACUUCCUCUGUGUCCAGAAUAACUCUCCCUACCAUUUCAGCUGGGCCACCAGCAACAGAGUCAGAGACAAUCAGAUGCGUAAAGGAGAGAAGUGCAUUCAAUGGUCGGAGACAGCCGAUCCUAACACGUGGGGGGACAAUUUCCUCUGUAACGCCCCUUACCACGGAGCCCACGUGACUGCUCCUUUACCUCAAUGGCCCGGUGACUUCAAGUGGAGCAACGCUGGAGUACCCAAGGGUUACCACUGUGAUAGGAUAUGGGAGUUGGCUGAGCCAGCUAACCACCACUGGAACGACAAUUUCUUCUGCUGGAGGGAAAACAAGGCUGAUCCUGGAAUCCGUUUCAACAUGAACGGCCCAGUUUCAAACUCUUACUGUGUAAAAAUAUCGGAAGGAGCCGAUCCUCACACAUGGAACGACAACUUCCUUUGUAUUCCACCAACUUCACCAUACGCUUUCACUUGGGUCUUCAGCGGUGCACUGAAAGAUCAACAGUACAAAGCAGGAAAGACAUGUAUCCAGUGGAUUGAAACAGCUGAUCCAAAUACAUGGAACGAUAAUUAUCUUUGCCAUUAUCCUCUUGCACAUCCUGAAAGAAGACAUCACAGAAGCCAACAGAUAAGAGUGAACCCUCAUCUCCGUACUGCAAGACUGCAAGUUACAAAGUACAAGUCUCUCAUUGUAUCUUCAAAGAAGCUGGUGGUAUCUACAAGGAAAGCAUCUACAACCUACCAUACCCAGUACCUAACAGCUAGAACUGGCUACGUUAAUGCCCACAAACAGGUGGCAGUUCACGCUACUCGACUCAAUACUGCAAAAGCUGCUUCCAACAAAGCAGCUACAGCGGCGAACAACAACAGGGUGGUAUACGCAAGCAAUGUUAAGAAAAUACAAGCCGCUAAGGCAGCGUGCAUCAAGAGACAAAACGCCGCUCUAGCAAGCGCCAAAAAGGCCCAUACUUCAAGACAGAACAAGCUUGACGCUCAUUACAAGAAGCAGAGACAAGCAGUCUACACGGUCCAGAAGAGUUACAGGGCAGCUGUCGCAGCUCAGAACACUCAGCUUACCAAGACAAACGCUGCUCUUACGAAGGCAAAGGCUGCUGCUGCUGCUUCCAAUAAGGCUGUGGCAUCUUACAACAGCUACGUCAAGAGCUACAACGCUGAGGUCGCUAAAGUCAAACAUUACGGUUAGACCGACGUGAUAAAGAAUAAAGAACUGAUGGACUUCAGAAGUCGGAAGAAAGUCAAGUGAUUGUGUGAUAUGUUUUUGGUAUGUUUCAUAUGUGUAUUCAAUAAAUAAUUAAUCGAUCAUAUUAUUGCAUAGCAAUUUUUGUGUAUGAUUUUCUCUAAUACGUAUAACAGUCAAUGAAAUUUGCC